AUGCGCAGGCUGAAGGAGGUCGAUGUGCACUGCCAGAGCCGGCAGAUGCUCACCUCUGGGAACCCAAGAGCAGAUUUGACCUCCGAUAAAGAUUUAUACCUUGACAACAGCUCUGUUGAAGAAGCAUCAGGCGUCUAUCCAAUUGAUGAUGAUGAUUAUUCUUCUGGGUCAGGUUCAGGUGCUGAAGAAGAUGAGGAUAGUGCAGUGACAACAACAUCCAGAACACUUCCAAAGUUACCGACAACUAGUGAUGCAUCUAGGGCUGAGACCACCACGGUGAAAAUGCAGACCAAGGUGCCUGCACAAACAAAGUCACCUGAAGAAAUCGAUAAAGAGGAAAGGCCCGAGACGGAUGCCAAGAAAAAGAGUGAUGAGCCAGGGGAUGACACCGACGUGUUCACUGAGAAGCAUUCAGAAAACCUCUUCCAGAGAACAGAAGUUCUGGCAGCUGUUAUUGCUGGUGGAGUUAUCGGUUUUCUUUUCGCAAUCUUCCUUAUCCUGCUACUGGUAUACCGCAUGAGAAAGAAGGAUGAAGGCAGUUACGACCUUGGUGAACGUAAACCGUCCUGUGCUGCCUAUCAAAAGGCACCUACUAAGGAGUUUUAUGCAUAAAAUUCCUAUUUAGUGUCUCUAUUUAUGAGAUCACUGAACUUUUUUAAAUAAAGCUUUUGCAUAGAAUAAUGAAGAUCUUUUUUUUUUUUUUUU